CUUUAAAACGCGGCGCCCAGAGGUUUGGCGUCUCAGUUCCUGAGCCGGGGAGCAACGGCCGCUUCUAGCAUCCCGACUCCAGAGCCAACGGGACCCAGACCCAGACCCGAACUCGGACCCAGAGCCUCUUCAGCGGCGGCGCAGCGAGCAGGGCUUCCCGCCGUAAGUUCCGCGGUGAGGCCCCGCCGCCGUUGGUUGCCCCAGGCGCGCACCUGCAAACUCUCCGCUCUCUGCACCUGCCAGCCCUGAGCCAGCGCGGACGCCGGAGCGAGCCAUGGCCAACGCGGGACUGCAGUUGUUGGGCUUCAUUCUAGCCUUCCUGGGCUGGAUCGGCACCAUCGUCAGCACUGCUCUGCCCCAGUGGAAGAUUUACUCCUACGCUGGCGACAACAUCGUGACCGCUCAGGCGAUCUACGAGGGGCUGUGGAUGUCAUGCGUGUCUCAGAGCACCGGGCAGAUCCAGUGCAAAGUCUUCGACUCCUUGCUGAAUCUGAACAGUACUUUGCAAGCAACCCGUGCCUUGAUGGUGAUUGGAAUCCUGCUGGGACUGAUAGCGAUUUUUGUGGCCACCAUUGGCAUGAAGUGUAUGAAGUGCAUGGAAGAUGAUGAGGUACAGAAGAUGCGGAUGGCUGUCAUCGGGGGUGUGAUAUUUCUUAUUUCAGGUCUGGCUGUUCUAGUUGCCACAGCAUGGUAUGGCAAUAGAAUUGUUCAAGAAUUCUAUGACCCCAUGACCCCAGUCAAUGCCAGGUAUGAGUUUGGUCAGGCUCUCUUCACGGGCUGGGCUGCUGCUUCUCUCUGCCUUCUGGGAGGUGCCCUACUUUGCUGCUCCUGUCCUCGAAAAACAACCUCUUACCCAACACCACGGCCCUAUCCAAAACCUACGCCUUCCAGUGGGAAAGACUACGUGUGACAUGGAGGCAAAAGGAGACACUCAUGCUGAAACAAACAGAAAAUGGACACUAAAAUACUAUCAUUGACAUUAGGAUCUUAGAGUUUUGACUAUUGUUAUCUCAACUGUGGUAUUACAAAAAAAAGACCUAUUGCUAGAAAUGACCUAGUCUUAUUUUAUCUUCUUUCCUCAAUACAAGAGGAAAGCCUUGUCCAUUUGUAUUACUGCUUCCCCCAUACUGAAAUGGGGGGAGGAUUUGCUCUUUAAAUAUAUAUAGAUAUAUGUAUAUAUAUAUAUGUUUUUCUAUAAAAAAAUUAGACAGUAAAGAACUCUUCUCAUUAUGUUGAUACCAACAUACUUAAAAUAUAUCUAAAAUACAAAAAAUAUUUAAUUCUAUACUGAUUAA